AGAGGGCUACGCAGCCCCCCCCCCCGGUGUUCUUUGAAAGGGCGUUAAAAGGCAAAGGGAAAUGGUGAUUCCAGGAGAGCUAGAAAGAUCAGAAACGCUUCUCCUUGAUGUUAGGUUUGGUUCGCAAUCUCCGUUUUGGACGCUGCUAGUGCAUUCCGUGCGUUUACUUGGUCUUACUGUAUUCAGUGGCGCAUACUGUCAAGUAAGGAAAGAUUGCAGCCCGAGAGUGAGUAAAAGCCACGCGGAGGCGGGGGAGAUUGGUACAAUGCAGAAAGCAGUUUAACUUGGUUUACAGCGUAAUCAUUACCAUCAAGUCCUGGAUUUUUUUUCACUAUUUUCCAAAACUCCACGAGAAAAACAAAACAAAAACGUGGCACCAAAUAUACCCAUCUAACCCUGUUCACGGGCAAAGAAACCGUGGGUCUACUCUAAGCCAUUUUAUAACUCUAAACGCGGCCGAGGCUUGAACAAAAAAGUGCGUACUCCUCUUCAUCUACAAUGAUAUACUGAAGAACAAGAUCCUAAGAACCGCUUGGGACUUAAAUGGCAAGCGUCACCACCAAUUAGCAUAGUCUAUUCUCAUGCUCCGCCCUUACUCGCUUUAGUUGGGAAGAGGAAGAUUACAAAGGGGCGGGGCUGCUGCUCAUUUCGAACUCCGGGCGCUCACUUUGGGUGGGGCGUGUGUUUUUAAUAGAGAGAGCACUGCUCAGCUAUUGGAAAGCCUUGUUUUUAUAGCGUAAAAGGUUGUCUUGGGUAGACUGAAAUCUGGUUUUCUUCUUCCGAUUAUUGACAAAGGAAAAGAUAAAGGGCUCUUUAUCUUGCUAGAACUGCUCUUAGUCGUAUUUUCUGAACAUUUUUACUCCUUGCUUUUGCCUUCCAUUAUUAUAUCUCGCUAGUAAUAACGAGGUAGUACUAGGUUUUUCUCCUUUCUUCCUCGUAAAGGAAGCGGAAGGUUUUCUCACUCCGCCGAAGAAAACCCCAUAUAAACAAGAAAACGUUGCUUACUCCUUUUAGUCAGUGUCAUGGCAGAGGCAAGAGGUCCCAGUCACCUUCUAGAAGUCUGUAAUCAGAAGUUCUCAGAAUUCCUCUUCAAUGUGGAACAUAAAAGUUUGGUAUGGUUGCGGGAGAUUGAGGAGGAAGCCCUGAAGAUGUUUGAUAGCAACUUCAGUGCUGAGCCUGAGCUGAUGCCCAGAACACCAUCUCAGAAGAAGCUGCGGAAGAAAAAGAAGCGCUCUUCAUCUUUUAGGGAUGAAAAUAAGGAAUUAACUAGGAAAAGACUCUCAGGAAGACAAAGCCAUAUAAAGCCAACAUCCUUCCAGAGGCUUUCCCAAAACAAAGAUGGACUGAACAACCUUGUUUGGGUAGCAGCAUCUAAUUUAAAGACAAGCCCUCUUGCUGAAGAAGCAUCAGGAUUCCAGUGUGACAGGACAGCUGUGCUUCCCACAGCAGGAGGAGUACUGGGUACCCAUUGUAGCCAAAACAUUGAAUUAAAGACUAAAGGGAUGAGUGGAAUCCCUGAAAUCUUCACUGUGUGCUCUGUUGAUGGGACUGGGGAUACAGAGACUGCAGGUAGAACGAAUGGUUCUGCAUUGUUGGUGCCAGGAACUGUUGGCCCAGCAAAGACUGAGAGAGACUGGGAUGCCUCCAGAUUAAUCAAUACAUCCACUCCAAAAGCGUCUCUAGAUGGGAAAUCCACGUGUGGAGAAGAGGAACUUCCACCCCCAAACCCCAAUAACAGUUUGGUGCAAGAAGAAUUUCCCCAUGACUUAAGAGAGAGCGCUGAAAUCUCUGGAGCUUCCCAACUGGGCCGACCUCCUGUAAGUAGACCACAUAAAAGCAGGAGGAUGUCACUUGCGAAGAGGUACUCACUAACGCAUAAAAGGCAAAGCAUCAUUCGGAAAUCAAUCAGCAGGACCAUUGCCAAGAAAAAAGCAGCUCAGGACUCCUCAUCUGCUUCUAGUCAAGUAAGCUGCUGCAGUUCUCUGGAAGUUUUUCUGGAUGAUGAGAUCAGCAAACACGGGCCUUUGAUACGGAAUGCUGAAUCUAGUGAGGUUUUGAAUGUGCAGCAAAAACUGGAUUCCCCUAAUCCAGUUGUUAGCUGUGCUGUGGAAAUGAUGGAGCAAGGGGAGGUGUACAGUAAAGGAAUACUUGAAACUAAAAUUACUGACUCCCAGGUCAAUGGGUCCGAAGAUCCAACCCAGAACCACUGCCUGCAUGGACAAUUACAAAAUAGUCGGAGACAAAGUUAUAAACGAGCACUGGAUGAAGUGCCCGCUGACCAGCAUGCACAAGACGAAGGAUAUUCCCUUUCUGAUAACAAAACCCCACCCCCUCUUGUAAACAAAGUACUACCCACAUCUGGUUCUGCCAAGAUCAAACAGCCAUUCAAAAACUUCUUCCAGACGAUGCAGAAGAGCCCACUCCUCAAAUCCCCAGGGCCAACGGGGCAUACUAGUGGUAUGAAAUCUUUUAUCAAGCGUAACACUCGCAGUAGACCUGACUCCAAGGGGGAUUUUGUUGAAAAGGAGCGACAGCGUCUUGAGAAUCUGCGGAAAAAACAAGAAGCAGAACAACAGAGAAAGCAGAAAGUGGAGGAAGAAAAGCGACUACGGUUGGAAGAGAUAAGACUAAAGCGUGAAGAGCGGCUAAGAAAGGCACUGCAAGCUCGAGAGAGACUGGAGCAGAUAGAAGAAGAAAAGAGGAAGAGAAUGGAACAGAAGCUCUCUCAACACGAGGAAAGGAUUGAGAAGGUGCGAGAGGAAGAAAAGACAAAGAAAAAAAUAUCUGCUAAGAAAAUGGGGGAAGUGGAAACUCGAAAACAGAAAGUGCAGCAAAUGGAAGAGGAGCCAAAACGUGAAGAGCAGCCAGAGAAAUGGAAGACAGUUGGGGAAAUUAAGAAAAUGCUAGAGCACAAUAGCUCCAAACAGGAAAAAGAGAGGGUCCACAGACAGCAAGACAAAGAGAAAUGGGUGAAACCCCUGGGAGUGGUUUCAGAAGAAGAGGAAAAUCUGAAGGAGGAAUGCAGUCUUGCCUGUCUGGGACAGCUGCAGCAGGGAAACAAAGCUGAGCAGGUGGAAGUAGUUCCUGCUGCCAGUAAAUGGCUGAAUAUAACUGCCCAGAAAUCUCCUGUUGACAGCCCCAGCCAAGUGAGCCCUCAAGAUCUGAAGGAUACCAAGUCCCUCAAGGUCAAUCUCAAUGACUAUGGGAUGGAUCUGAAUAGUGAUGACUCCACAGAUGAUGAAAGCCAGCCCCGUAAGCCCAUCCCUCCUUGGGCCAGUGGACUUCAACUGAAUGAAGCUGUCACAUACCAAUACUACAAUCCUCCAGACAUCAACUUGAUGUUUGGGCUAAUUUUGAGCCCUAAGCUCGAGGAUAUCUUCUACAAAAGUAAGCCAAGGUAUUUCAAGCGCACAAGUUCAGCUGUCUGGCAAUCCCCACCUGAUCCCAAAACGGCAUUGCAUGCAUCCAACAGCAUGAAGAUUUAAAGGCUGGGUAGACUCCUUACUGCUGGCAACUGGUUUUAUUUGUAAUUUCUAUGCAAGACACAUUUGUAAACAAUUUUAAUAUUUUAUAUCUUGUGCAAUAAAAGUUUAAAUUCUGAAAA